AUGUCGGCUCCAGAGAUUCAACACAAGACUCUCAAUGCCACUUUUAAGGGCCAUGAGAGUGAUGCCGAAGGUGUCCCCAUUCACAAGUUCUUAGGAAUUAAAUAUGCUAGCGUCCCGGCACGUUUCGAGAGGGCGAUCGCGGUAGAUAAUUUUGCUGGCGCCGUUGUUGACGCUACAAAAUAUGGGCCCAGAUGUCCUCAGGUCGACGUGGAUGUUCGUCACCUAUUGCGCAUCCCUGAAGACUUUGUCAUUGCCCCGGAGGUCGAGGAUGAAUUCGAAUGCUUGAAUCUGGAGAUUACUUGUCCCCCGGUGUCCUCGGAAACUAAGGCCCUCCCAGUACUUGUUUGGAUCCAUGGAGGCUCCCAAAUUGUCACUUUUUGCUCUGCUCAAUCGAAGAUCUGUGACCCAACAAAGAUCGUGACCGACUCCAUCAAAGCAGGAAAGCCAAUCAUUUUUGUGUCAAUCAACUAUCGUCUCAAUAUUUUCAGCUUUGGAGACGGUAAAGAAAAGAACCUGGCUCUGAAGGAUCAGCGACUUGGUAUUGAUUGGGUGCGAAAGAAUAUCGCGUCUUUCGGCGGUGAUCCUGACAACAUUACGCUCUCUGGUGAGAGCGCAGGCGCAAUUUAUACCCAUGCCCACCUCAUCACUGGACCCCCCGUGAAGCGGGCCGUCCUUGCAUCGGGAACAUUGUACCUGUCCUCUCCACUGCCCGUGGAGCGAGGCAACGGUCUCAUUAAGGCACUCGAAACAAAGGUUCAAGAAUUGGGCCAGCCUUCACUUCGAGAGUCAUCCGUCCCAGUACUGAUCCAGGCAUUGAAAGACUGCAAUGUCAACACAAUGUGGAUACAGGAAGAGCCUGAACUGGAGAAUUGGGAGACUAGAAUUGAGCAAGUGGAUGAGCUCAUGAUUGGAGAUACAGAAUACGAGUCCGUGAUCUGGCGGAAUGGCGUUGAGCUGUUGGAUGGCGACUCUAUCUCCGCGGCUUUCGACAACGAGAAGCAAUGGGGUACCAAGCUGCGCAAACUAUACCAAGUCGUGGCCGAUCGUCCUACAGCUGCAAAGCUAGGCGCACUGGACCUUGUCAAUGACGCUCGUUACACUUUGCCCGUCGAGCUCGUUUCCAAUAAGCUACAAGCUGCAAACAAACGAGUCUACAAGUAUGUUGUUGACCAGUCCAACCCGUGGCAGCCAUCCAGCCGAUCCCAUCACGCGGUGGAUCUUCUAUUCCUCUUCGAUGGGGUCGACCUGUCCUUCAACCCUGCCGCGCAGGCAGUCGGGCAGGAAAUGCGCAAUUGCUGGAUUCAAUUUGUUUCUGGUGAAGGCCCUUGGUCUGAAGAGCAUCGCUAUGCGUAUGGACCUUUCGGCGAAUGCAAGGAGAUCAACGAGACGCAGUUUGCCGCACGACGACGAGUUGAGCACUGCAAAGUGCUUAAAGAGGCCGGCAUUGGUAGCUACAUGCCCAUUAUUGCUUCUUUGACUGCUGGGCGUAUUAGCCUGCUCAAUUAA